GAGAUAGAGAGAGAGAGGGGGAGACAGCGGUAAUUGUAUCCACUUUUGUAGACUGUAGUAGGGAAGACGAGAAGAAGAAAGAAGAGACGCGAAACCGAUCGAAGAAGAAGAAGGAUCGAAGGAUUUCUUCCCCUCUGCUGUCCACUCUCCUACUCGCCCUUUGGUUCCGCAUCUCCGGACCUCUGGUUAUGGUGCACGAUAACGCCGCCGGCAUGAAAGAGGCGGCCGUCGUCUCCUACUCGGACCGCGCCCCUGUGAUGGCCCUCCCUGGAUGCGCCGCCCCUUCGUCUGAGGACGUCGGAAAGAAGACCCGCAAGCCUUACACGAUCACCAAGUCGAGGGAGAGCUGGACCGAGCAGGACCACGACAAGUUCCUCGAGGCCCUGCAGCUUUUUGAUCGAGAUUGGAAGAAGAUAGAAGCAUUUGUUGGAUCAAAGACAGUCAUCCAGAUAAGAAGCCAUGCUCAGAAGUACUUUCUGAAGGUUCAGAAGAAUGGUACAAAUGAACAUGUGCCACCACCUCGACCCAAGCGAAAAGCAGCUCAUCCAUAUCCCCAGAAAGCUGCAAAAAAUGUUACUCAGAUUCCUGAAGUCAAAACUCUACUUCAGACUUCCUGCCUACUUGAACCAGGCUAUGCUUCCACAGGAGAAACAUCAUCAAUACUUAGAGAUUCCACAACUAUAACAGGGUCUUCUUGGGUUCAGAGUUCUGUCCAGCCUGUUGGGACAUGCCAUCCAAUAAAAGAUGAUAAAGUAAAUGUUGGAGUUAUGAUGGCUAACAAUUGUUGUUCUAGCAGCAGUGGGAGUCCUACAACUUGGCCAGCUUGUGAAACAACUGAUCAGGAAAAUCAAUUCACAUCUCUUCAUGUUACGCCGGACUUCGCUCAGGUGUACGGCUUUCUCGGCAGUGUGUUUGAUCCUAAUACAAGUGGGCAUUUGCAAAAAUUAAAGGCAAUGGAUCCAAUCAAUAUUGAAACAGUAUUGAUAUUGAUGAGGAACCUGCAUCUCAAUUUGACUAGUCCUGAGUUUGAGGCCCAUAGAAGAUUACUUACAGCAUAUGGAGGUGGCACCGAAGAAGCUAAAUCAGCUAGUACCGGUAACAUGUAUCAUUCAACCACAGCUCUGAAUUCUCCACUCGUGGUUCAAGGUGAAUGAAUGUUACAUAUUCUAGUCUCAUGACGACUGGUGAUGCAUGUAGAGUUAGCUCCUUUCCAGCCAUGGAGAGCGAGACAGACGAUGUAUCUCGACGGAGUUGUUAGAAUGGUCCUUGUACAGCUGAAGAGUCAUAUCUCUGAGGGCUCUUCUGAUUGUAUAUAUCAGUCUCAGGGAUGCAGAGACCAGCCCAUCUGAAGUACAUGCCGUCACCUUCUGUACCUGUUCAUGCAGUUCUGUUUGCAGGAUGCCUAGUUAGGAAGUUUUCGUAAAGGAUGUGUCGUCACGAAGGAAGUGUUUGUGUCUGUUUGCAGGAUGCCUAGUUAGGAAGUUUUCGUAAAGCAUGUGUGUUGUCAUGAAGGAAGUGUUUCUGUUUGUUUGCAGGAUGCCUAGUUAGGAAGUUGUCGUAAAGCAUGUGUUGUCACAUAGGAAGUGUUUCUCCGUCUUCUGUUUUUUGCAAUUUUGUUUGGAAGUCAUUAUGCCACCUCCUAUAUCUAAUGUGGAAAUAAGCAUGUGGUGUGAUAUA